AUGGAAACAGUGUUUGAGAGUAUUGAUAGAUGGUACUUCGGAAUGUGGGAAAAGAUUGAACAGCGUACCGAGAUCGAAUCCUUCAAAUACAAUCCUUCAUUCAUGCUAGAUAAAGAUGCUCAUAGGAUGAAUCACUUACGGCUCAAAAUCAGCAAGUUUGCAUUCAAUCGAUUGAAAAACGACGUCGUACCAGCCUCGUAUAGAGUGAACAAGAAGGAUGACUGUGAAUGUGAAAUCAAAAUCCAGUACAAGUUACCAUGCGCUCAUAUGAUUUCUGGUGACUCUUCUCCUAUACCGUUAACUGCCAUUCAUCCUCGUUGGAUCUUGAAAGAAGAUGACAUACCUACUAAUGAAUAUAUUUACGGUACAGUAGUAGCUAACUGCACGAAUGAUGAUGACAAGAAGGCUUGUGAAAAAACAAAAACUCAACAACGUUCUUUCGCUGAGGUACUUAGCGGCUCCCCCCGACCUUCUCCAUCUACAACGACAAAACCUCAAACUCCACUACCAACACGUACGGUAGUGACCAAAAUGUGGAAAACAUUUCGCACAACAGAAGCACUACUCUUCGAUAUUUCAGCCCUCCCACCUUCCUUCACUCACCAGAAGAUCCAAACAAUUAUUUCCCUCUUUGUUUCCUUGUCAUGGCUCUUUCGGAUAAAUAUCAGGAACCCAUGGUUGAAGUAGGCUCUCCCCGAUCUUCUUCAUCUGCAACUCCAAAAACCUCUUUGUUUCUUUGUUUUUUUCUCACCUUCUCUUUUCUUUCUCUUCUCAUCUUUCCUUCUUGUUUUUCUUGUCCCUUUUUGUUCACCUCAUUUCAACAAUGAUACAUUAGUUAUUAGUCUCUCCUUCUUUAGUUUAUAUAUAAAUACGUUAUUUUAUUUCUACAAUUACUUUUACAUUGUUCUCAAUAUUCUCAUCAAACAACUAAAAUAUAUUCUCGUAAGCAUAUAUAUAGUUACUUCUGUUUUGUCUGUCUGUCUGUU